UUUUAACGCGAUUUGUCUCUCCCGAAUAAGAAUUUCAAGUGAAAAAAUCUACAAAAACAAAUCCUGUCUUUAAAUUUUCCACUAAUAUCAAAUCGCCGAAUAUUGUUCCCACCAUUAAUCUUAUCCCCUUGGCGUCAUUCGAUGUUUUUUUAAAAUGAUAUUCAGUUCCAUUUUAGUCUCUUUUUAAUUUUUCCGAUAUUGGCGUCUCUCUUGAAGCUUUACCAAAUCUCUGAAAUCUGUUUUUGAGACUCAGAUGUAUCCUUCUCUGGACGAUGAUUUCGUCUCUGAUUUGUUUUGCUUCGAUCAAAGCAAUGGAGCAGAACUCGAUGAUUACACACAAUUUGGUGUAAAUUUGCAGAUUGAUCAAGAAGAUACCUUCCUAGAUUUCGGGUCAUACGGUGUAAACGAACCAGAAGAAGUUUUCAGCAUUGGAGGAGCUCCACUGGAUUUGGCUUCGUUUAGUGGAGUUUUGCAGCAAGAGCCAAAGCAAGUUCGUGUAGUUGGAGGGCAAAAUGAUUGUGAAAUUGUGCAGGAAGAAGAUGUAGAUUUCAAUUCAGGAUCAUCUGGUGGUCCUAUUAAGCAAGAACAAGAACAUUUAGACGACGAUUGCUCUAGAAAGCGGGGAAGGACCGGAUCGUGUAUCAGGCCAGGAGGAAGUAAAGCCUGUCGUGAAAGAUUGAGGAGGGAGAAGCUAAAUGAAAGGUUCAUGGAUUUGAGCUCGGUUUUGGAGCCAGGGAGGAGUCCAAAGACAGAUAAACCGGCGAUACUCGAUGAUGCAAUCCGUGUCUUGAACCAACUCAGAGAUGAAGCUCAUGAGCUUGAAGAAACUAACCAGAAGCUUUUAGACGAGAUUAAGAGUCUCAAGGCUGAGAAAAACGAGCUUAGGGAGGAGAAGCUGGUGCUGAAGGCAGAGAAGGAGAAGACAGAACAGCAGUUAAAGUCUAUGAUGGUUCCAUCUUCAGGGUUCAUGCCUCAGAUUCCAGGUGCAUAUAGUCAGAACAAAAUGGCGGUUUAUCCGAGCUACGGUUACAUGCCAAUGUGGCAUUACUUGCCUCAAUCGGUUCGUGAUACAUCUCGUGAUCAAGAACUCAGGCCUCCUGCUGCUUAAAACUCUCGAUUGUCUUUCUCUUCUUUUUGGUUGUUGUUGUUGGUACCCAUUAGGGAAUGUAGAGAGAUAUGUGAUCCACUUGGUUUUUAGGAUUCUUCCGAUUGGCAAGUGUAAAAGCUUUACUCUUGGUAUUGGGUUGUAUUUUCAAUAAAAAUAUAUUU